AUGUUUUGUGGUUGUCUGUCAGGUCAGCUGGCAGCGCAGGAGGAAAAACAGAAGAGAAGAAAGAAGGGUCAGCUAAACAGUGAUGGACUGCCGAGAUUACUCACAGGUGAUGAAUUUUAUAACCGUGUGCUUGAGCAUCAAACUAUUUUGGAUGCAGCAAAAGCGGCACAAGAAGAUUGUUGUAAACAAAAGGAGGAGCAAUCUGGGGCGUUGACAGAGUGGAAGAAAUUAAAAAAAUUGCGGAAAACCCGGAAUACAGCACAUAGAGAAGCUUACCAUGAGGCCAUGCACUUGUGGAAGGAGGAAAGUAAUCUUGCAAAACAGGAGCGAAGGUGGGUGGGGUGGGCAAAGCCAAAGCUAGGAAAGCUGGAGUCACAGGCUCCAAAACCAGGACCUGUGCAAGGUGAAGGUGACAAGACGAGCAAGGGAAAUGGGGAGGUUACUGGCAGUGAGGAUGAGCAAAAUGAUGAGAAUGUUGAUGGCAUGGAGAGUGAUGGUGAGAGUGCAGAGGAGUAA